CAAUAGUUUCGCGUCUCUUGUUGAUAACUUCUGUUAACCAUUGUGCCCUCCUACUUGUCUUUCUGAAUAAAUCUCUCUUCCACUGGUCAACACCAUGACCAUCCCUCACGCAUUUCCAUCUGAUUUCUCAUUAUCUAUGGUCCCGUGCCGACGGCUGCGCAAAUGCUUGAGCAACACAAAAAGCAUCAUCGCCAGCCAUGCUUGAAGAUGCCACGAUAAGACCCCGCCGGUGGAGUCGAUCAACAAGUGGAUGCAUUACCUGCGCGCGAUCGAAGGUCAAAUGCUCAGAAGACCGGCCUACCUGUCAGCGAUGCAGCCGCCUACAGCGACACUGUCAGUGGCGGGGAGACUAUGUUUCCCUCCGAGAACGAAGGCGUGGGUUUGGCCCUGUCAAAUCCCGCCUUCAAUACGUGCCUCCUCCGAUCUUGCCAUCGAACAACAUUACCAGGCAUACCAUCCAGGAUACGCCCGAAAGCGACGAAAGCCCAAUCGACUGGGGAGAGUGUCCCCCCUUGACAUCAGUGGAAGAAAUCGAGUCGACGACUACGACUUAUUCUGUUAUGAACAAUACAACGCACUUUGACGAGCGUGUGGCCUUGGAGGUUAUAUUUGGUCAGAACGCGGCAGUGGCGUCACCUUUGGCAAUGCUGAGCGCUCGACAUAUACCGUCCCGAUGUUCAAUUCUCUUUGACCCCCUGGAGCAGGACGCUCUCUACUUCUUCGAGAAUGUGUUCGCAAAGUGUAGUCCCAAGACCUUUCUGUGGUCCAAGCUGGCUAUCCUGCUUCACCAUGCCUACGACGACGCCACGGUCAUGCACCUAUUGCUGGCUUCGUGUCUUGGUACCGUUGCUCGGAAUCACCCAGACCGUAUGGUUUUGACCUCCGCCAAGUCUCAUUUCAAAAUGGGUACUAGCAAAUUUAUUGACCGAACCCAAGACCCGACAUGCAAUUACACCAAAACCUUGAUGGCCUUCUGGCUGUUACAGCUGACGUACCGUGCAAUCUGGGACGAUAAAUGCCGUCGGGCUAUGAAGAAGCUCAGUUCCGCCAUGGCAGACUAUAUUCAUAAGCAUCGCCUUCUGAAGCUCUUCCAUCCCGGGGAGAGCCCUAUCGGAAAUCUCUCUGGCAGCACGUCUCCUGGAAAGGACUCCGUCUUUGACACGCUGUCUAUUCAUCUGGUAAUGCCUGCAAACAAAAGUCUUGUCGCGAGUCUCUUGCUAUUCAUUGCGUACGAGGACCUAGACUCUGAAACUUGCGGCUUUGGAGGCGACGUUUCUCGCCUGGUUCUUUCCGGCGAUGAUACAUCUCGCUCCCUAUUUGCGUGUUCUCGGAAUGUCCACGUUGACUUCUUUGGGUCAUUGUAUCCAUGUGAGGAGCUGAUGGAUGACGUGGAGCGGUCGAAGCCGCUGGAAUUCCACUUCUUCGCAAACGUCUGCCUUGAUCGACUGCACCGACUCCGCGCAUCAUCCGGCGAUGAUGUAGACAAGCUCAAGGGCAUAGUUACCACGCUGCAUCGCCUACGAGAGGAACAUUCGACCAUAUUCCGCUUGGCAGAAGCCCCAAAUUCAGCUGACGCAAAGUUGAUCACAACAUCCUACAACAUCGUGGC